AUGUGCACCGUGCAGCUGCUGCGAGUGUCGGUCCACGAGCGGAUCAGCGCCGCCGCCGAAGACUUGUUGCUGCGGCUGGAGAAGGGAGAAGAAGCAGCCGAGCUCCCGACGAUGAGAGCGCUGCUGACCGAGCGGCUGACGGCGGCCGCAGAGGAGAUCGUCGCUCUGUUGGAGGAGACCGUGGCGGAGUACCAGGACAGAAGUUUAGGAUUUGCAUGUACAUAUUGUUAUAUUAUUAUCCAGUGUAUUUGUUGUUGUGUUUUGUUUCUCCUCUGGUUUAACUCUAAGGUUCUUCUACACACAGAAAAUACCUCAAUUGUGCAAACAGCCAGUCAGAGGACAGCUGAGAUUAAAGUGACUGUGCAGUGUGCAGAUCCUCUGCAGUCUGUGACGCUGUACGACCCAAACGACCCCACAGACCAGGAUCCCUCCGAUCCAGAGGAGCACGAUGGCAGCAACGUUUCCUGUCCAUCAUCACCUCCUUCGCCCUCGCCAUCCUACCACCCACCCCUCUCUGAGAGCAGCGAUGGAGACCCGGACAGUGACUGGAUUGAACAUAGGCGGACUCUCAGACCUCUGAGGAGGAAGAAGCGUAGCCAUCCGGCGCUCAGUGUCACAAGCACCCGGAGGCGCUCAAGUCUAGCUCAGAGCUUCAGCUGCCACGUGUGUGACCGGGCACUGCAAGGGAAAGGCUUCCUACUCAAACACGUCCUGCACACCUGUGCCAGCAACCCAGACUUUCGCUGCGGUUACUGUGGGGAGUGCCUGGACUCUGCUGAUGGCCUGAAGGCUCACCUGCAGAUGCACCAGGACAAAAGCAAAACAUGCUCCUUCUGCGGGAAAACCUUCCAUUCCAUCCUGGCGCAGGAAAUGCAUGUGCGGUUGCACACAGGAGAGAAACCGUACAGCUGCAACUUCUGCGGCAAGAAGUUCAGUCAGAAGGGCAACCUGACGUCACACCUGCGUGUCCACGCAGAAGAGAAAGCCUUCAAAUGUAAAGAGUGCAGCCGUGCCUUUUGUCACAUGAGCUCUUUGGAACGCCACAUGGAGGAGCACAGCAGCUCAGCAGUGCACACCUGCAGUGUCUGCGGUGAGGAGUUCAGUAAACGGAACAGUCUGCGGCAACACAUGGCAACUCAUCAGAAGAACGACGGCCUCAGAAUUAAGACGAACCGCACUUCAAUACCGUCCUUCCGCUGCAAAGUUUGCAGUGACACCUUUGAUAGGAAGACCCUGUUAGUGAAACACGUGGCAACUCACCUGCAAGACACGGACUGCCGCUGUGGACUCUGCGGACACCAUUAUGAGUCCUCUGACAGCCUUGCUGCCCACCUGCGCUCCCACCGCGAGGCUGGCGGCACCUGCAGCAUCUGCGGGAAGUGCUUCCCGGGCCAAUCGGCGCUGCAGAUGCACCUGAGGAUCCACACUGGGGAGAAACCCUACAGCUGCAGCUUCUGUGGGAAGGCUUUCAACCAGAGUGGCAACCUGAAGACACACCUGAAAAUCCACACGGGUGAGCGGGCAUUCUCCUGCAGCCUGUGUGGGAAAGGCUUCACCCAAAAACAGACCCUGGACACACAUGUCCGCUUUCACAACAAGGAGCGCCGCUUCCUGUGCCAGGUAUGCGGGAAGGGCUUCAUGCAGGAUGUGGACCUUAAGAGACAUAUGCUGAUCCAUACCGGGGAGAAACCAUACACCUGUAGGGUCUGUGGGAAAAGUUUCCAGGCCAAACGCUCGCUUAAUGGGCACCUUAAAGUGCAUUUAGCUGGCCAGGAGGACUCGAGGCCAGAGCCGCAGAGGACAGCAGAGGACAGCUUCUACUCAGGAUUCACGCAGUUAGCAUACCUCCACCUCUCCAUGCUCUCCUCCACCUACUCACUACAGAUCACGGCGUCAUCUGUAAACAUUGCAGUCCACAGACCUCAUCUCUCAGUCGCCGCAGAGCUCCGAGCCGGGAUGUCUCUGACAGAAUCCCCGCCAAGCUGCUGCGGACUCCGGGCUUUGGUGGAGUCUGUGUCAGAGCUGCUGGCACGGGUUGCGGAGGAGGUUCUGGGCGCGUUGGAGACGCAGAGCAGCGGUUCUGGGUCCUCCGGAGGACCCGGCGGUCUGCUGCGGCCGCUGCUCGCCGAGCGGCUCGCGGCGGCAGCGCAGCAGAUCGUCGGGCUGCUGGAGCGGGAGGUGGAGGAGUCCCGACGGCAGCUGCGGCGGCUGGAGGCGCUGCUGAGCCCGGUGGUCCUGCUGAACCGGACAGACACAUCUGCUCUUUGUAAGGUCGCUGCUAAUGAAAGUCUCUGCCCACAGGCAAACUCCAUCCACAUGCCUUCACCUCUGCCCAGCCCUGCCUCCCCAGACAUCACCUGUGCAGCUAAAAGUGAUGACCACUGGAGAGGCAGCCAAAACUCACUCUGCAUUAAAGGGACAGAUAGGAGAACCACAGACAGGAAGUCCAGUGGGCAGAGACAGCGGACAGCAUUGUUGGCGCGCCCGACAAAUCAGCCUUGUGUCCUCUGUGGAAAGAUUUUCCGCCAUCGAGGGAAUCUGUUGAAACAUGUGAAAUUGCACUCAGACUCCCCCGAGCAUCUCUGCGGGGUCUGCAAGCAGCGCUUUGAGUCAUCAGACAGUUUGUCAGACCACCUGAGAUCUCACAUGGAAACCGUGAGUGGUGGAGGCGGGACCUGCGGGGUCUGCGGGAAAAUGUUUCAGAACAUGGAGACACACAUGAGGAGCCACACUGGAGUUAAACCUUUCAGCUGCGUCCUCUGCCAGAAGAGCUUUCCCCGAUCCGGAGCAUUGAGGCGCCACAAAAAGAUUCACAGCAGAAGGAGCACUGACCCUUGCCCCGUCUGUGGACUCAGCUUUGCUCAGAGUGAACUUCUCCAAGAGCACCUGAAGAUCCACAAGCACGGUGGAGACCAAAAUGAGAAAGACAGCGGGAGUGAGGACAGUCAGCCGGACUCACUGAAGCCAAAGCAGGAGGGAACAAUGCCAGAUCUGAAGUCGGCAGUGCUCUACUGCAGAGUCUGUGGUGAUUCGUUCCACAGUCAAGGCUUCCUUAGGAAACAUGCCCAAAUGCACUGCAGGGAGUCAAAGAGCAUGUGUGGCAUCUGCGGACAGCAGCUCGACUCACCAGAUGUUCUUCUAACACAUUUGCAGUCACACAGAGAGACUGGUGGGACCUGUGGUGUCUGCGGAAAGACUUUCCAGAACAUGGAGACGCACAUGAGGAGCCACACGGGCCUCAAACCGUACCACUGCUUGGUCUGUGGCAAACACUUCCCCCGGCCAGGUGCACUUAGGCGCCACAAUAAGAUCCACAGUGGUGAGCGCCCGCAUGUUUGCAACCGCUGUGGCAAGACCUUCAUAGAGAGCAGUGCUUUGAAAACUCACAGAAAGAGUCACUCAUUAGAGGGUCAAGAUGGCGAGUCACCGGCGCACUCUCAGACCAGGACAUCUGACAGAGAGAAUGCCAGAAUGCCACCACGCUGUAAAGUUUGCGGUGAGUCUUUUCAGAGUAAAGUAAGUUUGAGAAAACAUGCCAAAAAGCACUCGGCAGAGUCUGUCUGUGGGGUCUGCGGUGAAAGUAUGCCGCCAUCAAAAACGCUCACAGAGCACCUGCAGAGUCACAGAGACGCUGGCAAAAUCUGUCACAUAUGCGGGAAAACCUACCAGAACAUUGAGACUCACAUGAGGAGUCACACCGGCAUCAAACCGUACCACUGCAGUGUCUGUGGGAAGUCCUUUCCGCGGUCUGGUGCUCUGCGGCGCCACAAGAGAAUCCACAGUGGGGAGCGACCAUAUAUCUGCGAGUUCUGUGGCAAGACGUUCAUCGAUAACGGCGCUCUCACCUUGCACAUCAGGAACCACACCAAAGACAAACCAUCCAACCGAAUCUCCUGCGAGACAUGCGGGAAGAGCCUCGCCUCCAUCCACGUCCUCGAGGUUCACAGGAGGAUCCACACAGGCGAGAAACCCUUCCAGUGCUGCAUCUGCGGGAAAGCCUUCAGGCAGGUGGGAGGGCUGAAUGCCCACAAACUGACACACACAGGCGAGAAGCCAUUCAGCUGCAGCCUAUGCACUAAGAGCUUCAGCACCAAAGGUUACCUGGAGACACACCUCCGCUUCCACAGGAAGGAACGCGCGUUUAGCUGCCACCUGUGCUGGAAGGCCUUCGUCACCAAGAAUGACCUGAAAAAGCACCUGCUGACGCACAGUGGGGAGAAGCCAUACAGCUGCCGGCUCUGCGGCAAGAGCUACCAGGAAAAGCGCUCCCGGGACGUGCACAUGAAGGUCCACGCAGACGCCAGUGACGACCCAAUCAGGGAGCAGGACACUUUGCAGCCACAGCUGCUGCAGCUGUAGAGACCAGUCCAGACCAGUGUGUACUGGUUUUACUAACUGAUCAGAGACAGAAAAUAUUUUCACAAGACCAAAUAAAAUCUUCCUAAAUAUGUAUGUUUUUUGGUGUUUGCAAUAAAAAAAAAAAGCUCCUGCAGGGCUUCGAAAACAGAGGGCCCUGAAAGGAUCCAGUUCUUUAACCCAGGAUUGUUUAUUCUGAGUUCCACUGAGUCCUGAGUUCCUGGUAAUGUGCUAAAAUAAUCCUGGGGUGAGUCAACUACUUUCAUUAAGAGUUUUUAGCUAAUGAGCUCAAAACAUGUUUGA